AAAUUCCCCAUACCUAGGUUUUACAAAAUAAAUUUUUCAUCUGUGUUCGACUAUUGAUUCGUGUGUUUAUUCGUCGUAAAGAUUGUUAUUUAUUUUGUGGUGUUUCCAAUAAGAUAAUCAUUAUCGGGCUAUUUAGUUCUACAUUUUUUUCACUAGACAUAUAACACACAGUAAGAGUAAGAAUCAAGUUUGCAUAAGUACCUGUAGCUUUUAGUUUAUCAUUUCAAUCCGUGCAGUUGUGUUCACGUAAAAAAAUGAAUUAUGAGACAAAUAGACUUAAUACAUUUACCGAUUGGCCUUCAUCAGCACCUGUAGAUCCUAUACGAAUUGCUAAAGCAGGGUUUUUCUAUACGGGCGAAGGUACAGAAGUGAAGUGCUUUUGUUGUAGUAGUAAGAUAUCCCAGUGGAAUUAUGGAGACCAGGUGAUGUGGAGGCAUCGUCAAUUGCAACCAACUUGCGUAUUCGUGACGCAUCCUGAACUCUCAGGGAAUGUGCCCUUAGUUCUAGGGCCAGAAUGUCCUCCAUCACUCACGCGUACACCAUCAGUGCCUUCUGAUGAUGUGCAAAAUGAUCAUACUUACACUGCACCUGAUUAUGGACUAACAGAAGAAGACGAAACUUAUAAGAAUGAUGCUUUACGACUUCUAUCUUUUAUUAAUUGGGAUGAUUCGUCAGUUUCCCGCCAAUCGCUCGUCAAUGCUGGCUUCUAUCACGCCGGCGAGGGUCGUCUCCGUUGUGCCUGGUGUGGAGGAGAGUUGUCCCGUUACAACCACUUUACCUCCGCCACACCUCUGGAAGUGCACCGAAUGUAUUUCUCGCGGUGUCAGCACGCAGCGAGCUUGGAAGCAGCUCAGCAGGCACAGGCGGGCAACAUAUCCACCACGUCAUCACCGGCACUCUCGCCAUCACCACCCAACGACACCCCGCGCGUCGAGUCACCACCGGCUAACUUGAAUAAUUUACCGCAAUCGUCAGGUGCAGCUCACAACGAGCGUGUAUUAAGCCAGGGUGGUACAUGGCGUAACUUGGGCGUGGUGGGCGGUGGAGCUCGCCACCCACAGUACGCGUCGCUGGCGGCGCGCCUUUCGAGUUUCGAGCGAUGGCCCGCGGACAGGCAACAAGCGCCGCGGACACUCGCUGAGGCUGGCUUCUUCCACACCGGUACUGAUGAUCAGGUGCGCUGUUUCUACUGCGACGGUGGUCUAGGCAAGUGGGAGGCAGGUGACACUCCGUGGUCGGAGCAUGCGCACUGGUUCCCUCACUGCGGAUACGUACUACUCGUGAAGGGACAGGAAUUUGUCGACACCUGCCGUAACCGCUCGUCUGUACAGAGAACUGUUAGCUUUUCUGAAGCUGGUCGCAAUGCGAGACGACGAAACGGUGAAAACUUUCCUAUCACAGAAAGUCAGGUAGAAGAAUGUAUGGAAAGUACAAUGGCGGCGGCGGCGUUGGGAGCUGGCUUAGACGCGGCGCGCGUGCGACGAGCGAUAACGAACAGAUUACGAACUGUUGGAACUCCUUUCACAUCAUCAGAGGCGUUGAUAGACGCCGUCCUAGACGACCAGCUCAAUGAGGAGCCGUGGUCUAUGACGCCACAGAGUCGACUCGCUCGGGACAUACUCUCUGAAACUUUCAGAGAAUUUGCACCAAGAUCUGGGAUUCCAUCUCAACACGUGGCCUUACUAACCCGUCCGUAUGGAAGCGAUCAAAGUAGCAGUCCAGCUCGGUCAAUGACCCCUGAUGACGAUGACGAUGAUGAUUCAGAAAAUGACGUUAAUAACCGUGAUGUGCCUUACAGCACUAGCCAACAAGCCAGACGGUCGCCUGCAAGGGACGUAGAUAAUAGUAAUACAGCAACUAAACCUAAAACUGAAGUUAAAAUUGAUAAUGACAAUGCGCAAGAUUCGCCUGCGCAAGAGACGAAGAAAUUGUCGCUAGAAGAAGAGAAUAGACAGCUGAAAGAAGCCAGAUUAUGUAAAGUGUGCAUGGAUUGUGAGGUGAGCGUGGUGUUCCUGCCGUGCGGGCACCUGGUGUCGUGCGCGCGGUGCGGGGCGGCGCUGGGCGCCUGCCCGCUGUGUCGCGCGCCCGUGCGGGCACUCGUGCGGGCCUACCUCGCCUGACAAUACAGAUCGAACGAAGUGCAAUUAAAACACGGUACUUUUCACUCUCAACUGCAGUUGCAACUAAAUAAUAGAUUAGUUAUGGGUUACUAGCUCAUUAGAGUUUAACGAUACAAAAUAUUUGACCAGUUGUAAAUACAUACCCUAAUCCUAUAACAUUGGGCCUACAUUUUGAGUAACGAUCAAAAUUAAUAAACACAAAAAAAUCAUUUUUUUUAUAAAAAUAAAAAAAACAGUAAAGUCAUUCUGUAGUUUUUUUAAUAUAAAUUCGUUAAAAUAAACCCAAAAACAAUGCUUUAUACGAACGUACUUGCUACAAAAAUGUCCAAUAUAUAGUGGUUUUCAAAAGUUAUCAGUGUCAGUAUGACCAUGAAAUUAAUUGUAAUGUUGAUUACACAAGUUAAAUGUCUAUUACACUUUAAAUAUCGUACGGGUCCCAUUGGCAGAGCAUUUGCUUUCGCCAGUCUUCUAUUGGCAAUCAAAGGUUUAAAUAUGUGGUUUUAUAAACUUAAUUCGAAGUAUAAAGAAAGAAUAUAUUUUUUUGUGGCGAGGUGGUGAAUCUUAAAACUAUAAAAAUGUAAUAGUGGCUUAAGCUCUUCCCAGUGUAUCCUAUUAAACUUAAAUAAUAAUAAUAAAAAAAA